UGGAAUGUAAGAGGUGACUCCAGACCCGUGUACAGUAAAGUCUUGCUCUGCAGGCUUCAGCUGGGCUCGCAAGCUCUCUCUCUCUCUCUCUCUCUCGCUCUCGCUCUCGCUCUCCUUCCUCCACUCCGUUUUAGUGAAAAGACCUUACUUUGGAGCUAGCCUAGGCUGCAGGUAGGGGAGGGGGAUGAAGUUUUGUAAGAGAUAUGAGGAGUACAUGAAGAUCAGGAGGAAUAAGGAUUUUCCAGUAUUGGGACUGAAAAAGCUCAAGAAGAUCCUUAAGAACUGCAGGCGGGAAUCCGAAACUCAGCCCCGUCUCAUUGAGGAUGAAGGAGAACAAGAUAAUCCUAAUUGGUGCUGCGUGCCCAAUUUUUCUGACCAUUGCUCAGUGUGUGAUGGCAUUUUCUUCCCCUCUCUUCUGUUGGAGAUGUCUAAGGUAGUUGGCUUCUUCAACAAACAAGCCAAGAGUUUACUAGAGCUGCAUUUAGCAUCUGGUAUCCAAAGGUGUAUGAUAUGGUUUGGAGGCAAGCUUCUAAAAAAUGAUGCAGCACUGAUUCAAGAAGGCAAAGAACUGAUCACUUAUGCUAUCAUCAACUCCAUCGCCCUGAAAAAAAUACUAAAGAAAUAUGAUAAGGUUCAUUACUCUAAACAAGGUCAAGUAUUUAGAUCAAAAGCUCAAAAAAUGCAUAUAGAGAUACUACACUCUCCAUGGCUAUCUGAGUUAAUGGCUUUCCACAUCAAUUUGAGGGGAAAGAACAAGCCCGUGCCGUCGGAUUUGUUGGCUGAUUUUAAACUCACAUUUAGUGAUGGCAGACCAAUUCUCUCAUGUAGCUUGUUCGAUUCAUUGAAGCUUGACAUUGAUCUAACUUGUUCUAUAUGCUUGGAGACGGUGUUCGAUCCUGUUUGUCUCAGUUGUGGCCAUAUUUUCUGUUAUAUGUGCUGUUGCUCUACUGCAUCAGUGACCAUUGUUGAUGGAUUGAAAGCUGCAGAAUACAAGGCGAAAUGCCCGCUAUGUCGACGAUUAUUUCAGCAUGGGGUUUUUGUUGGAGCUGUAUACAUGGAUGAGCUGAACAUUUUGCUUAGCAAGAGCUGUCCUGAGUACUGGGAGCAGAGAUUGAAGAGCGAGAGAAUAGAGAGGCUUCAGCAAGCUAAGGAACACUGGGAGUCGCAGUGCCGAGCUUUCAUGGGAAUUUGACUCUGUUGAAAACUAGCUAUCUGAGCUUGACCAAAUCUUCCAUAUGUCCGACGACGAUUCAGAACCAGACAAGUGUCGAAAGGUUGGCAUCAUAAAAAACAUGAAGGGUCCUCUGAAGCAGAACAAUCACACAUGAAUGAUCUUGGGCUGAUCAAUCAGAGGCUAACCAAUGAUAGGCCAGCUGAUUGAAGGCUGAUCGAUAAGAGGUCAUGCAACUGACAAGAGGCCGUCCGAUCAAAUGCUAACCAACAGAAGACCGACUGACCAAAAACUAAGAGUUA